CACCGAUCUUCCCUUUCCUUUUCCCUUUCCCUUCCCCUUCCCCUUCCCCUAUCCUUGACACAUGAUCUUCUGCUUGCCAUAAGCUAACACCGAUUCUCAACACCAGACACUGGCGUUCAUCAACCUUUUUUCUAUGUUUUGAUUUCGGAGCAAUAAUUGAGGGAAUCAGAAAAUGGAGAAAACUGAUGGAAUUGGAAAAGAAAAUGGAAGCACAGAAGAAAAGCAAAGUUUCAAAGAUGGAUCAUUUUGUGGGUAUAAUUCACUUUACCACCUUUUGAGCACAAAUCUCAAGCCUCAACUCUACCAGGAAGUCAGCCGGUUGCUUCUUGGGCUGAAUUGCGGAACAACACUUGAGACUAUUGUUCCACCUGGAUCAGCUAAAGCCCUCUCUUCAAAACAUGAGUUUGAUCUUCAGGCUUUCAAAUUUUCUGCUGACAAAGAGUUGUUAAGAGAACCCUGGGUAAGGGCCGGUCUUAUUAAGAACUCCAUUGCUCUCCCAACCACUGCUCCCUUUUCAGACCAGAAAACAGCUAUAUUUGAGAAAUUGGGAGCAAUAAUUGAUGCUGCUAGUACUUUAGGAGUCAACAUACUAUGCUUGCAGGAAGCAUGGAUGAUGCCAUUUGCCUUCUGUACACGAGAAAAGAGGUGGUGUGAAUUUGCAGAACCUAUUAACGGGAAAUCUACACAAUUUCUUCAGGAAUUUGCACUCAAGUAUAACAUGGUCAUUAUAAGCUCAAUUCUUGAGAGGGAUAUAAAUAAUGAAAAGACUCUCUGGAAUACUACUGUUAUAAUUGGAAAUCGUGGCAACAUAAUAGGCAAGCACCGUAAGAACCAUAUUCCUAGAGUUGGGGACUUCAAUGAGAGCAUGUAUUAAAUCAAAAGAUUUAAAUUAGGGACUUCAAUGGAGCCUGUUGCCUUUGUUGAUUGCAAUUGCUGAUAUUUCUAGUAUAUUGCUAGUUCAUUUGCUUCAUAGAUAUCAGAUGGUUGUCUACCUCUUUACCUGGUUGUAUUAAAUCAAUAGAUGUCAGUUGAAAAUUUUGAUUGUAUGUAUCAUUCAUUUUGAUUUUACUAUCAGUUUUAUGAAAUUCUUUUUUGGGCC